AUGGCGAAUAUAAUACGACCCCGUACAUCAUGUCAAAUGCUAAGACCUUCAUUAGCGGACGAUGAUGUUGGUCAUGAUAAACAAAAUAAGAAAUGUUUUUUAUCAAGAAGUUUUACAUUUAAUAAUGGAGAGACAAAAUAUCAACAACAACAACCAGAACAACAACAACAACAGCAGCAGCCACGAAUAAUACAAUCAUGUUUACCAUCAACAAUGAAUUUUCAACAAAAACCACGUUUAAGUCGUAGUUUACUUAGUAAUGAUAAUUGGCGAGAAGAAACAAUGGGUGAUGUUCGUGUUAAUACUAAAAUUAUUGAACAAAGUGAUCGAAAUAUUCUUUAUGGCAAAGGUAUUGAUCCAUUACCACAUGUACGUGAAUUACUCAGUGAAUUAAGUAAUACAGAAGCUUUUCUUUAUGCUCGACAAUGUCGUGUUGUUGUUGCUAAAUUACGUUUAUGUUGGAUUGAUGUUAAUGAAGAAAUAAAAUUUUUAUUAAAACAUAAAGAAUAUACUGAAGCUUCUAUUGAACAUAUUCGUAAAGAUUUAAUUAUUAACAAAGAAAGUGUUAACGUACGAAAAAAACCAAAACGUGAAGCGGAAACUGAUGGUGUUGAUGAUAUACUUGCUGCUGAAAAACAUCAUUUAUUACAAUUGAAAAAGAUUUUAGAAGUUAAUUGUCAAAAUAUUGUUGAACAAAUGCAGAAACUUGAUGAAAUUCGUCAUCGUAUUAAUAAAAUUGGUAAAGAACGUUCAGUAGUAACAGAACUUAUAUGUCAAUGUUUAACAAGUGCAUCAAGAGCAUUUGAAGUAGCUCGUUUUGAAAAAUUAUGUAAAUCAGCACAACCACAACGAUCAUCAUCAACUUAUGGUGUUCGUCCAUCACGUACAAAUCAAAAUAAUUCCAUGACUUCAUCAUAUGCACAUUUGAUUAGUUCAAAUAUCGCAGCUGAAUCAAGUUUACUUGAUGAAAAUGGUUUACCCUAUGUUGGUCAUUUACUUGCUUUUACACCUGAUGUUAUACAAGUAUUUCAAGAUGCAGCAAAAGCAAUUGAUGAAUCAUGUGAAAUUAAGAAACAAGCAAUGAGUAAUAUUAAAAAUGCAUUUAAUGAUGCAAAAGCUUAUUCAUUAACUGUUAAUCAAAGUAUCGCACAAAAACUUGCGGAUAUUAUUACAUUAGCACAACAUUUAACAAUAUCACUUGGAGAAAAUACUCUUGCUCAAAAUCGAGCACAACGUUGGUAUGAUGUAACAAUGAGUGCUCAACGUUCAAAUGCAGGUCCAAUUAGUUCAUCGGAUUAUAAAAUACCUGAACGUCUUGAUCGUCCUAUUAUUCGAACAUUUCAACGACAUCCAGGAAAUCAAGUACCUGAAGCUCAAAUAACUGCUAAAACAGCUGCUGAUCUUCUACGAGCAGCUGAAGAAACUAAACAACAAUUAAAAACAGUCAAAAUUGUUGGUACACGAUUACAAGCAAAUUUAGUUGAUAAAGAAGCUGCAUUAGGCGUUGAUGCACAUCUUCUUCGUCGACGACGAGAACAAUCUGAUCAUAAAUGGGGCGUCAACAAAUAUGUACACGUUUAA